AUGAGUGACUGUGAACGAAUGAGGAGGAGGGGAGAAGGCAGUGGGGAAGGUGGGGGCGACACAACGGGGAGGAAAACAGGACUAAAAGUGGAGGGGGAGGCACCAGGGAUGAAGGAGCUGGGGAAGUGCGAGAAAGAACAUGAAAGGGAAAAGUACAUUCAUCAAAACAACAUGACAAGAGAGAUAAACACAACCAUUAGAAGAAUCAUAACAACAAUAACCUUGAAUAGUCAAGACGAUGACCAAACAAAGAUUCAUAUGGACACAAAUAAUUUAAUUGAUGGAUAG